AUAUAUCAUGCUCCAUUGAUUUCCCUACAAUAUUAUCAUCAUUUUACCGGCUGUAUUGUCUUAAUUUUCACGUUUGGCUGGCUUUCGUGAGCCGCUGUUUUAGGGAUGUCGGAAGUUUUUCUGCCGAAAAUCUCUGAAAUCGUGUGACGUAAUACGGAGGCCGCGAAGUUCGACAGGUGCGUCGAGAUUGAUAAUCUUGUACAAUAUUUUGUAGACGAGGAAAACCGAAACAUUUGCUCCAUACAAACGAUUCGAGAAAUUAAAUUGAAUAGACAAGCAGUGUUGUGUUGUGGCCUUGUUGCCUUAUUUCAGUAUUUGAUAGAAGCGUAAUAGAACUGAUAGCAAUACUUGCAAGCUAUUAGUCAAUAAGGUACAGGGACCUAAGACCUUGAUCCUGGAAAGAUCUCAAUUAAAGUUGGGAUGAUGUUGGUCUAUGCAUGCACGUUUGUUAUUUGUAGGUGGAGAGCGUAGACUGAGAUUGCUUUGGAGAAGCACGGAACAGGAACACAGCCUCAGAAAUGGACUUCAACGAAUCAAUAAUUGAAGCAGUCAGGAAGUACCCAGGUUUGUGGGACAAAAAGUCGAAGGACUAUGCCAAGAAAAAGACUGUAAAAGACCUUGAUUGGCAAAGAGUGGCAGCUGAGUGCAGAUGUGAUGUGCAAGCUGCCAAAGAGAGGUGGAAGUCUUUGCGGGACUACUAUCUGGCCAGAAAAAGGAAGACUCUGCCCAGUGGAUCAGCAGCACCUGCAGGUGGCCAUCAGCACCUAGGACCCUAUGGGAAUAUGCUCAGAUUUCUGGACCCCAGCACCCAGCGUGGGCCGGAGUCAGUCAUGACGGGCGCGGCCGGAGGCGGCGCCGGAGAGUUCAGUAGCGCCUGGACGCUAGCGGAGGCGGCAGCCCGCGAUCCGUUCCACCUCGGACAGUUCUUCGCACUUCUCUGGGGAAACACCAGCGGGUACCUGCUGGCCGCCUGCCUGGUCUCGGUGGCCGCCGUCCUGCUCAGCUGGGUGUACAUGGUCCGCGGCGCCGGACCAGCGCGUGGUCCGGACCAGAGGACCGGUGGUCCGUCGGAGGACCGCUCCUCACCGGCGACUCGCUCUCCGACAAAGACCAGUUGCUGCAGCCCCGCCGCCGCCGAUGACGCCGAUGACGCCUCUGAUGACGCCGACUCGGCCAGCGCUGACGCCGCCGCGGUCCCUCCUCCCCCUCCUGAGGAGGAGGAGGAGUUGGGUUCCUCAGAGGAGGGCGGAGGAGGGGUUCCCGACCUGGUGGAGAUGGCCCACCACCUGCCGGCCAGGAUGAAGCAGGCCGAGCUCAGACACAUCCGGCAGAAACUGCAGAGCGAUAUGACUGAGGAGCAGCGGCGCAGAGAGCGACAGGUGGAGCGUGACCAGAUGACUGCCAUCAUGGAGCUGAUGCAGAAGAACAGCGACAAGUUCGGCUCGCCCUCGCUCGACGACAUGCAGGCACAGCUCAAACUCUACAUGUGAGAGUGGUACGGACACGCCGGGGACGACGGUUCGAGUCCCGGUGAGAGCUGAUACUUUAUCGAAGGUCGGGAACGGGGAGACGAAGUGGGAACAGGAACUUAAGGUUCUUUGGCUGAGGGUUUUACUGCUGAUGAACGCGAUUGUUAUCGAAUUUGGGAAGCGAUGGUGUUACGCGUAGGUACAUCUUUUCAAUGUUGCGAAUAUUUUAUUUUGAAUCCGGCAACAUUUUCAACUCUACCUCCUACCAACUAAACCCACGGUCGUCACUUUCCGAAAUUCAUUGGUAGGGCUCUAAUGGCUAAUUUUAGGAUACCAAAGCCAUUCUUACCAUGCAGCGCCAUGUAAUCGUUAAUGCUAAAAUUCUAAAUUAUUGGGAGUGCUCGGGCCCUACCAAGUUUAUACAGAACGACACCGAUGUCUACCUACUACCUACGUACUACACAGUAAUUUGAUUAAUUCGAAUGUCGUACAUAGAGAGAUACAGCAGUUAUGGGGACCUGGGGUAUUCACGAUAAACCGUCCAACGAAGAGCUACUAUAUUUCUUAGUUAAUAGUUUCACCACCUUAAUAACUGCACUUAAAGUUUGUUAGCUUUUUUCCUACCACAUGGCGCGACGUCCGUGGACAGCAGGCCAUAUUGGGUGUCUGGCGCUACCUCUUUUCUCUGUGGGGUAGCAAAAGAUCUAUAAUAUUAAACUGCCGCUGGUAGUGCCGAGUGCCGACUACACCCGAGCUAGUCAUUGACUCGAGGAGUUUCUGUCAGGGAACUCGGGGAGUGCUGUCCACGAUACUACGUGUGUUGUUCGUUUGUGAGAGUAUCGUACGAAUAUGUGACACAUUAUCGUGCACGAUGUAUGUGAUCUUGAAUACUGAUGUUAUGAGUGAAUGCGGAUAUUUCCAAUAUUCAUUGGCAAUUAUGGAUAACGUUUUAGUAUCGGACUGUUAUUUAUCUUGCCUUGUGUCUCAUCCUGCGUGAUUCAGAGUAUCACCAACAUGUCACGAGGAAAAGACGUUUAAGUUACUGGUUAAUGUGCUUACUGUGUUUUCCUUCCCAACUGGCCUUUGGCCAACUCCUUUUCCAACGCCUUUUCCCGGGUAGAUGAGGACCACUUUUUCUGCAACACACCUAUGAUGCGUAUUCGGUCCAUUUUGUGGGAACCAAACUCACUUUCCUCCAUGUGUACUUUUAUCAAAGGUAGUGAUUUCUAUCAUAAACUGUUUUGUUGUAGUGGUGUAUUCGUCAUGUAGUUAAUUGGAAUUCGCAGCGUAGUGGGUACGCUGUGAUCAUGGCUCGUUCAGUACCGCAAUGUGUCACAGUCUCUUCCAUUUCCUUCCCACCAACUGGAUACAUAGCUGAGCUUCAAUGGGUAACUGUCCAGACGUCUUCAGCUAGCCGGCUAGAUGGAGGAUCCGAGGCUGCUUUUGGAGGAGUGUGUGUAUGGUGACUGAUCUCUAGUUAUGUGUCCACUGCAGUGUUUGCUCGCUGUUUUGUCAUGCAUAGUUAGUAGUGGUUUUACUCGACAUAGUUCAAUGUGCUAUUGGCCUAAACGACAAGGACACUUCUUCCAUGUAUGGACGGCGCAUUCCUGCCAGAAAGCAUCGAUAGUAAUUCUAUCCGCAAGCACUCGUGACUUUGUGCAUCUGUGUCUACAGCUGUAAACAAUAUAUUGUUUUUGUAUCCAG